CUUAGCCGAAUUUUAACAAUCUCAUUUCAUCUUGGCUCCUAGAAUCAUUAUUCCUUUCAUAGACAGACCCAGGUUAUCUCGCAAGGUUGAUUGAAACGGUCAACAAAUCGAACUAAAAUGUACGCCUGUGCGAAGUUCGUGUCUACGCCUGCACUGGUCCGCUCGGGCUCCAGGGCGCUGUACAGACCUCUCUCCGCCUCUGUGCUGUCCAGGCCGGAUGUAAGAUCUGGAGAGACCAGCCCAGCCCUCCUGCCACAGAGCGCAGUAUCCCAGGUCGCGCUGCGGGGUUUCCAGACGAGCGCAGUGAGCCGUGACAUCGACACAGCCGCCAAGUUCAUCGGAGCCGGGGCCGCCACCGUGGGAGUGGCCGGAUCCGGAGCCGGAAUCGGGACCGUCUUCGGCAGCCUCAUCAUCGGAUACGCCAGGAACCCAUCUCUGAAACAGCAGUUGUUCUCUUAUGCUAUCCUGGGUUUUGCCCUGUCUGAAGCCAUGGGUCUGUUCUGUCUCAUGGUGGCUUUCCUCAUCCUGUUCGCCAUGUAAACUCUGCUCCGUCCUCCGACUCACAGCUGUGACGACGCGUUUUACACUGGCUUACCAAAAGAGUUCUGUGUUGGUGUCAUGAUAUUGUACAUUUUCCAAGUUUUUGUUGAAGGCUAACAAAAUGAAAAAACAUGUAUUGUAAAAAUGUAACCAAUUACAGAAUUAAAAUACAUGUAUUUCACUGUUUAAAAAAA